CACGACUUGCGGAGCGCGCGUGGCGGAGGCACGGACUCUUAGUAGUAGUUAGUAGUAGCGAGAGCCGCGUGCCGAACAGUUGUCCCCAACUUGCUCGUGUUCGCCGGUUUCCCCGUUGCCGCCCCGGAGCGGAAAGAGGAUACGCGUCGAGCGAUGACCAUGCCUCCAACAGAGCGCAGUUUCGGAUUCGUCGUGCACCACCAGCUGCACCAGAGCAAGGCGGAGAGCCGAAGGGCUUCCAAGCCCUUGAUGGAAAAACGCCGCCGGGCUCGGAUCAACCACAGCCUGGCACAACUGAAGAGCCUACUGCUGGACGGAAGCAGCAAGAAGGAAUCUCAGAACCCUCGCAACGCCAAAUUGGAAAAAGCUGACAUCUUGGAAAUGACCGUGCGACAUCUCCAGGGCAUCCACCAGGGUCACCAUCUGCCCCCACCACAUGCCAUGGAAGUGCGGUUCCAAGAAGGAUUUGCCGAGUGCGCCCGCGAGGUGUCGCGGUUCGUGUGCAACUCGGACGUAGACGACUCCCUCCGUUCCCGGCUUCUGGGACACCUGGCUUCCUGUCUGGCUUCCCUGCAUUCCGAGAUUCAGCCCUCGGACGCCAUGGACGCCGAAGAGGGCGGCGCCACCAGGGCCAUCUCGCACGCUUUGUCAACGACAUCCCCGGCGAACGCUACCUCUCACGGUGACGUGUCCGCCAUGGCUGCUAGUCGCGUCAUCGUCAAGCAAGAAGUGCCGGACAGCGAUGCCACUUCCGCCUCUAAUUACGCUGUUGCCAGUCACCACCAUCACCCUUGCUUCGCAAACGGUGAUCUGCACGGUCUGUCCGUGUCCAGCCCUCUCAACCUGGCCACCGGCAGUCGCUCCUCGGCUUGUUCCACCUCUUCUUCCUCCGGCGUCAGUGCACCGGCUAGCCCCUUUAGUGACUCCGAGUCGACCACGUCGGCCGCCAGCGACGACAACUACGUGGCCGAGCUGGAGCAGCACACGUUCGGCGUCAUACGCCGGGCCCCGGCAGCGAUGUUCGGAGACCCCGUCUGGAGGCCCUGGUAGCGACCGUUGAUGGACUUGUCCAGCACUCGGCGCGCUGUGCCAAAUACAUUACAAUGUCGCGUGCCUGUUACGCUUUGACCUCAUUCGGUGCAUCUGGUCAGUUCAGUGUUUGCCCACUGAUAAUGCAUUACCGCUACUGAUAUGGACGAGAUGGGUCAUGAUUCCUUGCGCGACCUAUCUGAAAUGUUUGGUGUGUACUUUCGAUGCUGCUGCAGGCUUGUUAUAUCUGUGCCCAAGAUGUAACGAGUCCAGUAAACACCGAUCGAGAUCCCUUUGUAUGGAGCCUUAAAUUAUUGCUCAAUGAAAUUUUGAGAAUGCUAUCUUCAGACAUCUUUACUGGAGUUGCUUAGUUUAAAAAACAAAUAUUGCAAUUCGCCCUGUUUUCCAACAUGAAGUCGGACGGAGUUUUCGUAUACGGUACUUGGAGAACGACGUGAACUUGCAUUGUCAUGCUCGAUGGUUCUGAACAGUUGUUAAGUAUAGGGAUGGAAAAGCUGACCUGGUGUUUUCGAGAGCUGUCACCCUCCGAGCGCACUUGUAUCAAGCUUUACCUACACGAAUAUAGAAGAGGGGUCGAUUUUGACUAAGCACUUCUCUGCUCGCUGGCAGUAGGCAGGACAAAAGCACCUAACAUGUAGUGAUUAGCAUAGUAGUGCCGAAUUUUGACGGGACCAAAGAUUUUCACAUAAGUGUGGCUAACUUUUAAAUCGCUAAUACCACUUGCAUUGGCCCUGUAACCAAGAAAACGGAGAGUAAAAGAUUUGGUUAUAUUUAAUAUAUAUUAGCAAAAUUAGAAACUACGUCUGAAUAUUUUCUUAUCAACAACUGAAGCUCUGCCUUUUCAAGUCUAAACUUUAUCUUAUAUUCUGAACAUUCUUGCUUGGACUUCGUCAAAAUCUAUGUGGACGAUUGCAGCACAAUUUUUCUUGCUACAUUCCUUAACGACGGUGCAAUGUCGCUGUUCCGUCCUGUUUCUCGGAAACAUUUUCCGCUGUCGCCGUAUUAGCGUCUCUUAUCUUGUUCUUAAAAAAAAACGUUCACUCUACAAGGCCCAAUAUAAAUUGCAUACUCCAUUGUUAUCUAGUUGCUUCGUAUGCAAUAAGCCAAGUAGUACAUCUGAUCAUUAUGUAUUCCAUAUUGAAUUUAUGCUCAGUUGACAUAAUUUAUUGCUUUCCGAUAGGCUUUGUGCUUUCUUGAGCGCCAAAAUGUGCAGCUGGAGAAAUGGACCAGUUCAUUGUUCUUAAUAGUGCAUACGUCAGACACUCCUCAUCAAUUACUUGCCCAGAGUAAAGAAUGCACUUUGUAUAGCUUUGGCAAAGACUCACUGGAACUCUGGUAACUCAAAACCCACAGUUUUUCGAGUGAUGAAGUGAACGGAUAUCAUUCCAUGGAACACUGCUGUCAUUGGCAAGUAAAAAAAAAAGUACGAACAAGGGAUCUCGUUAUGUGCCGCCUUGAAUGCAUACAUAGUUUUUUUUUUCUGUUACCCAGUACUGUUUGCACCAAUUCCCAGCAUGCAUUUCCACACAACCUCGAGCUAUUUCUCAGUUCAGUCUUGCACACGUGUUGUACCUGCAGUUGCAAGUGGACGCAACACUCCGUAUGUUAUGUGGUCCGCUACGUACAGGCACAUGAUGGACAACUUCUUUUUUGGGCAGCCAUGACACCCGUCCACAAACUGGAGCAAAUGUUUGUAUCAUAUGUACAGCUUGUUUGAAAUGCUCGCACCAAACUUAAUUUUAUAUGAAGGUUGUACAUAAGUUACUUUUGAAGUGUAGAGUUCCUAUAGUACCGUUGUGUGCGUUAGUGUGUUUGUUAAGUAUUUGUUAAGUUAUAAAAAGUUGAUCGCGCCUCAUGUUUCAUUACGCAUUCCUGAAAAGAAGUGCCUUUUCACCAAUCGUCAUAUACCUUGUGUCACAACAAAAAUGCGCACAAAAAAAAGUUCACGUGUUGAAUAAACGUCAAGUGUUUCUGCACAAGAAAAUUGGAA